AUGUUCCCUACUUCUCCAACAUCCUUUUGCGAAUCGUGAACAACCAUGCUUCCAGGUCGAUUCCCAUCACCAACACCUUCCCGCGAGACGACACCGGUCGAAAUCUGUUCAUCUGUAUCAAAGUUUGAGGACGUCGGGCGUCGAGUCUCGCAAGCAGGCGCUCCAAGUCGACCUAAAUCCUCAGACUUUACCGCAGCAAGUUAUCUUCGCAAAAGGCCGCAAUUCACAGACGCGCAGAGCGACCCAGAAAUACGUUUUCGAGCAUCAUUCGACCUUCCACCGAGCGAUCGACCUUCACUUUUAUCCUCGCCUUCUCCUAACGCCAAUCGCCACACACAAGAUAGACGGAGGGUCUCCGAUCCGCUGCACAGCCGACCGCAGAGCAGCGUGCAUAAAACUCAACAUAAACGUCAGCGACUUUCUGACAUCCCACAAUAUAACACCCGUGCCUUUCAGACACCGUAUUACAAUACAGCGUCGCACCUUCCGAGCACACCACGCCAACAUGCCAAUUUAUCAUCAGAAUACCAUCAAACUACCCAUACACCCAGUCCAAAUGAAAGACCGAUGGACAGUAAAGGAUACACCAAAGCGGAGCCAGACUUCGAACAUGGUCAAUGGAGCAAUCAAGAACCAAAGCGUACACGUUCUCCCGCGGCACCAAAGACGGCAAGAUCGAUUCACGACAAACUACGUUCUAAGCUCCUAGAGAAUCUAACUUUCAGUGACACUAGCGGCGUGAUUUACAUCCUUUAUGAUCCUCUUCGACCCGAACUAGGCUAUAAGAUAGGCUCCACCGCGCGCGCCAACUACGAACAGCGCAUCGACGAGCACCGACGGAACUGCAAAUUUGAGCCCGUGGUUGUAUACGUCUCACCGUGCGAAACAGAAUACUGUAUUCGAACAGAGCGGCUGAUCCAGAUCGACUUGGAAAACCACUGUCGCCAUUGGCAAUGUGACAAGCACAAGGCGACCUCGACAACACACGAGGAGUGGUUUCAAGUAACUAGGAUGUUGGCUAUACGAACUGUCAAGAAGUGGGAAGACUUCAUGCGCCACGGGAAGCCCUACAAUUGGAAGGGCAAAUUGAGGUCUGUGUGGAGACAUGUGCUGCACAAGAGAUGGCUUACAUUCUCCGCUGAAAUCUCGCUCACCCACGAAGUUCGACGUGAGCAUUGGACUCUCAUUCUCGCAUUACCAACAGCAGUUGAUUACAUGGAGACGUACUGGAAAAUACUAAACGACGUACUAACAAGGGUCUAUGAGACAUCAUCCCGUACUUGGCUAUAUUUAAAGGCCUUCUUCUGGCAGUUGACCACCUUGGUGUACGGCUUGUUUAUGUUUGCUAUCUGUCGUAGCACGGUGGCAUUCGCUGCUUUUGCACUCUUACUCGUUUGCGCGAGUCUGAGCAUCCUAUCUCAUCUACCACUUAGUCCGUCUAGGAAACGUGCUAGAAGACUGGCUUGAAGAGCAGUUCGACAAGGUUUUCUGCGAUGAUUCGGGAAAGUAGUUCGAUGAUUUAGGCGCUGAUAUAGCGUGUAGUGUAGACCGUUCGAGUGAUGUACUCAUGUGCACCCAUUAGCAUGAGUCUCAACUCCCGCUAGAAGAUAGUGCAUAGACUGUUUAGAUAACGCGGAGUAAGGAUGGUCAGAAACGCUGUCAUCUGUUAACACGCUUUUCUUCACGACCAAGUUGCAAAGUCAUGUUCUGUCUAGUCUAAUGUGUUUUAUUUGAAAGUAUGUGUAUCGAAGUGAAGUGAAGCGUCAUCAAGACGUGUAUCUGUGUAAAUCUCCCAUCUCCCGUCUCUCCGAAUUCCUCCCAUCUUCCAAAGUUCUCUAUACUUCAUCUACUCCUCUAUCAUAUUCUUCUAAUUCCCCUUUGCCCCACCGAACAUGCCCUGAAGCCACUCCAAGAAACCCUGCGCAUCACCGGUUCCUGUCUCUCCAUCUUCGUC